CCUUACUGCAGGUGGAGUUGUCAGUCUGCAAUUUUGAAGUAGGGGCUGGAGACGACCAGAAAAAUUGCAGGCGAAAUAAAUGUGGCUCGGUCACGCUGGGUGGUCAUCAUCGUUGUUAGCGAGAUGACGGGAGGUACAGAUUGCCCCUGGACAGGUAGUUAGGAGUGUGUCCUACCCUGGACGAAGAAGAGCCGAAUACUCGGGACCAGGAUCAGUGUUGUACACUACUAAGGUGCCGAGAUCCCCUGACGGUGUAUUAUUUUCGGAGACACAUGAAAUACGGGCUCGGGAUGCCCAAGGAACCGAGAGGAGAGGCCCAAGGGUGUGUAGGAGAGAGGGAACGCACCUCCCGUCCAGCCAGUAAAAAUGCUAAAGACAAAAGCAACAGCGCCGCCCUUUUGGCCUCUAGAGCCAGAGCACACACCGAACAGAAAGCAAACGGACGUGAUUCGCGCUGCUCUGAGAAAGACUCUGGUUACUCGGACACUGGAUCAGACUCCUUACAGACUUAUGCAGAUGACCAGCAGAGCAGUGUGAAUGUGCCUCAUGUCCGCAAGGGUUUCGGUGGGGCAGAUAAAGGCCCCCCACAGGGAAGACACAUGGUGUCCGAGACGCCGGAACUAACCCCGAUAUUCAUCAUUAAGAAUGUGGUGUUGAAGCAGCCUGGGCAGUCUGGUCAGGACCACAUCUUUCCUUCAGCUCUGUCAUGGGAUGGAGGUACUACAAGCAGUCAGGCUCCCACCCACGUUCUCUUGCUACAACAGCCUGGCGUCAAUCAAAGUGCCCCACUGCACAUCCUCAAACCCCAGCCACAGAGAUCCGAAAGCAAGGGUGUAAAGAAGAGCAAAAACACUUACCUCCCCAUCCUAAACUCCUACCCUCGAAUUGCACCUCACCCAAGUAAGAAAACCCCAGAGAAACCAACGGCUAGUAGAGGAAGUAACACAGAGGAGCACAGUUUGAGUAAGAGAGUAUGCACAGAGGAGAAGAGAGAUGAGGUGUCAACAACAACGCAAGCAGCCAAUCAGCAUCUGCACAAACAGCCAGAGAACAACUUGCUGUUACACUCUCAAUCCCUCUCACGGUUGCUGUCUGCUGGCCAAGAGACACUUUCUGGCUCUCAUCAGCACCAGAGCCCUUGCCGCCCAUCUAGUCCCUCUGCCUCCCUCAACGUGAGCUCUCCGUCAAUCUCAAGCACUCAGACUCUUUCCCCACCCUCUUCCAAUGACCUCAGAAAAGGGCCCCAUAAGGAUUGCCCAGAAUCGAAUAGUGACUCUGGCAAAGAGUCGAACAACCUCAAAGGGACAGCACGGCACCGUCGCUUCCUCAACACAGUGGAGAUUCUGAGCCAGUUGGGACUACUGGACAUCACCUUAAGGACACAGGAUCUGCUGCGGCAAAAUGCCGCAACGGAACGAGACAUAGCCCAGCUCCGUCAACAUGCCCAUCUGCUUUUCCAGACCGCCCAAGCAGGUGCUGAUGCUCCAGCUGCCUUGGAGAAGCUCCAACAGGUCAUGGCUGAGUCUGGGCACUAUCCCAGCCUCAAGUACCUACCCAUAGACAGCAGCAAUGGAGGGUCUCAAUCAAAGGUGGAAGUUGAGGCAGCCACCAGCACCAAACCUGAUACUCCUGUGGUAUAUGGAUAUAGACUUAAUGGGACUGAAGAGGUGGCACCCCCAUCUCCUCUUCUAGCUCCAAUGCCAGAUGCAGAAUGGCAGUCAACAGGUCAACAUGAUUGUAUCAGUGAUAGCACCACCACUUCUGAGCAAAUCAGAGCCCAUAGAGGAACCAUGAGUCCACCAGAUGAUCCCAUAAUGCCUCCAGACAGCUCUACACAUGGAAACCUGCUUUAGACUGCACCCUGAAACCUGCUGAGCACUGGGAGUUUACAGCAGAGACACAGCAAGGGAGACUUCAAGAUGCUUUCCCGAACAUCUCAAACAUGAUUUCAGAGAUGUUAUCAUUGCCCCAGGAUUCAGUCGUCUCCAUGGGAACUCAGGGCUAUGAUCAAGGACAGCGUCUUGACUGCGCUGCAUGCCAUCUUCCUGUCUGUCACAUUUCUACUCCUCUACAUCAGAAAUCACCUAAAGUGUCUGAUGAGAGCUACAAAGAAAUUGAAUGCAUGUGCUACAGACUGCCACUCAUUAGUUUUGUCAUUGAUAAAUGUUAUCUGCAACAGGUAUCCUGCCCUAUGAUUAAAUCAAGGUUUUCAAUGGCUGUUUGCAAAUGUUUUUGAUACCAACACUUCAUGAAUAGUCAAAUACAGAGUAAACAAAAAGGACAGCUUAUUUCCUACUUUAUGACUAGUUGAAUAAUUUCCAAUUGCUGACACAGUUUGUAGCAUGUAGCGUUUCUGAAGAACAUGACUGGGAAUGUUAUUCUGCAACAAUGUGGUAAUAAUUAGUGAUGAGAUCCCCUCUGUGAGGCCUUGUCACUUAAACAAAAUAAAGAUGGUGCAUGAAGGUCCUGAAAAGUCCACACAUGCAAAGACACUAAGAAAUGUGUGAGAGUUAUUCUCACAGUGAUCUUGGUAAAGUCCACGGAGCUUUAGUUCUUCUAUGCAGUUCUGCGCACUUCAUUAAUCUCAUUGCAUUGAUCUGCUUGCUAUACUGUACGUCUUCAUCUUUGACGGUGGACCAAGACACCCAGUACUCAAGCAUUUUGAAUUGGGUUCGCUCUGAUAUGAAAGGUCAAAUCUGAGUGUUGUCUAUGUAUUUGUGAUUUUGUUUUGUGUUAAUAGUGUUUUGUGCCAGCCUUAAUGUAUUCUUUAACAUCUUUACUCUUCUUUCCCAAUUCUGUACUACUGCACCAAGCUUUUUGGCACAUAUUUGACACUACUCUUGACAUGGCACUAAUGUAUUAUUUGUUGUUUCUUUGAUAUAUUUUCUUUUUUUAAACUUACUAUUUCUGUGGAACAGAAGUUGUGUGUGAACGCAGUCACUAAUUUGCGUCUAAAAAAGCCGUCAGGCCCAUGUAGAGAUUUUGCAGAAUUCACAAAAUUGUGGGUGUCAUCACUGCUGCAUAUUCGUUUAUAAAAUAUUUCGGCUAAUUUGAUUAGGUUUUCAGAGUUUAGUACUUUAU